CAGCGUUCUUAACAAUAAAUAAUUAGGUUAUAAUUCAUAUACCAAAAGAUGGAGAAGCUUGUAACACAAAUCUUCCUUUGCAGUUUCUUCACUAUUCUUGUUUUGCAUUUUUGCCCUGCAUUAUCUGACGAAGUUGAAGAUGAGAGUGAGUUUAAUUAUGAACAAGGAAGCGAGAAGGGGCCAGAUAGAUGGGGAGAGAUUCGUCCGGAGUGGAGCACAUGCAGCAACGGAACACUGCAGUCUCCGAUUGAUUUGUUAGACAAGAGAGUUGAAGUAAUCUCACACUUGGAAAUAACUAAGAGAAACUACAAGCCUUCCAAUGCCACUCUCAAGAAUAGGGGUCAUGAUAUCAUGUUGAAAUGGAACUCAGGUGAGGCUGGUUAUAUUGAAAUAAAUGGAACUCAAUAUUUAAUCCAACAAUGCCAUUGGCACUCACCUUCUGAACACACUAUAAAUGGCAACAAGUUUGAUCUAGAGUUACACGCCGUUCACCAAACCCCAACAGGACAGACCUUCGUAUUUGGAAUCUUGUAUCAGUUUGGAGAGCCUGAUCCAUUCUUGUCAUCAGUGGAGGAUUACUUAGAAGAAAUUUCUGAUACUGGAGAAGAGAUAAUUGUUGUUAUUGAUCCAAAUAAAAUAAAAAUAGGAAGUCAAAGAUACUAUAAUUACAUUGGCUCUCUUACAACUCCGCCUUGCACUGAAAAUGUCGUAUGGAUCGUUGCUUCGGAGAUAAGGACUGUCUCAAGAGAACAAGUAAGCUUGCUUCGUGUGGCUGUCCACGAUGAUUCGGAUACUAAUGCAAGACCAAUACAAGAAACAAACGGGCGCACCGUGAAACUGUUCAGAGACGACAAAGUAGACGAAGAAGAUUAAAUUAAUAUUUGUUUUAUGGCUCAGAUACUAAAUCAUAUAUAAAUGUCUCUUCUGCAUCAUCAAAUAUUAGAUAAUGAUGAUAUAUACGUCAAGAGAGUCAUAGGCUAAUAAA